AUGUACGAUCCGGUUUGCGCAAGUGCAUGUGGACGUACCAUUCAGAAAUUCCCUCUUGUCUGUUCCACUCACGGAAAAGGUGACCAUCAUGGGGGCGGCCCGAUGUCAACUACCCCUGAGUGUCGAGCGAAUGACACUUCAUACCUAACGACACUAGCUUACUGCAUGAAGUCGAAGUGUGCUCCUUCCAACAUCGAGGCAUGGCGCUUGGAGCAGUGGUGGUGGGAGAAAAGCACAACUGACAAAUCAGUCCAUCCAGUUAUGGAUUAUGAGGAGACGUUGGCGACAGUUCGCAAAGAGCCCACUCGUGUGCCGAAAAAGGAAGAUACUCUGGACUUCACUGGUCUCAUAACGGACGCAUCGUGGAAGAUCGAGACAAUGGCGGAAUUGUACUUUGAAGAGCAAGAGACAUUACAUGCCAGAUAUGGAUAUAGGCUUCGAUCUAAGCCAUACAUUCUCUACCCAUUCUCCAUUCCGGGCUACCACGUUCGCUCACUUCCAUGGCUAAUUGGUAAUCCACCUCUUGUCGGACAGUCAAUAUACAUCGCGAUCUUCUUUAUCCUGAAUAUUGUCCUCACAGCGGGAGGCUAUCGAUCCACUCAACCAAAUAGCUGGUUCCCAAAUCGAUGGCAGGAGAUAAUGGCAUACGUCUCAUGCCGAACCGGUGUUUUGGCCUUUGCGAUAUUACCAUUGCUGCUGCUCUUCUCCUCGCGUAAUAACAUCUUACUGUGGUGCACCAACUGGUCCCAUUCAACCUUCUUGCUGCUGCACCGCUGGGUUGGGCGCGCUUUUGCGCUGCAAGUCAUCCUUCACUCAAUUGUGGAGCUGCAACUUUACAUCGGCAUGGGAUCGUACAAAGAAGAGCUGGUCAAGGCAUACUGGGCUUGGGGCAUCGUCGCGACCAUGACGACCGUGUUGCUCGUCACUGUUUCAGUUCUCUGGUUCCGACGAAUCUCCUAUGAGAUUUUUCUAAUCCUCCAUAUUGUCCUUGCAAUCUUCUGCAUCGUUGGCUCCUGGUAUCACGUAGAGCUCCUUUUCUAUCGCAAAUGGGGUUAUGAAUUGUGGUUGUAUGCGGCCAUCGCCGUAUGGGCUUUCGAUCGCAUCCUCCGUGUUGGGCGGAUUGCAUAUACUGGAUUGAAGCAAGCUCAUACCACAGAAGUCUGCCCGGGCAUCAUCCGUGUUGACAUACCCGGUGUCCGCUGGCACGUUAAACCAGGGUUACAUGCCUAUCUCCUUUUCCCUACCCUUUCAUUUCGUGUGUGGGAGAGUCACCCGUUCUCCGUCUCGCCACUUCAGCUUCGUCUGCCGUAUCAAGAAAGCGAUGCAUCAAGUGGAGGCCCCAACCAAAAAUUUGGAGAUGCAGAGAAAUCUGCGAAUGCUACGGUGACCGUCGGCCAACACUCGAGAAAAGAGAGCAUUGUCGGACUCCGCUUCUACAUUCGAGGGGCUACCGGCCUCACGAGUAUGCUGCGUCCCGGUUUAGUUCUCCCUUGUCUUGUGGAAGGGCCAUACGGGAAUCGAUCAUCCGUGACUAUCUUGAGCAGCGACAGAGUCGUUGUCAUUGGAGGAGGCAUUGGCAUCACCGGCUUGCUGGCAUAUCUUUCUUCGGGUCAUGUGAACACCAAGCUGUAUUGGGGUGUUAAAGAAAAGUAUGCUGGUUUGGUGGCUGAUGUGGAGGAGCAGUUAGGGGCUGGAGUGGAGAAGGAAGUGCGCUUAGGCAAAAGAUUCGUGGCAGAGGAGGUACUGAAUAGUGAAAUUGAGGCUGGUUGGAAGAGGAUCGGCGUGGUAGUCUGCGGACCGCCAGGGCUCUGUGACGAUGUUCGGGCUGCUGUUGUUAGAGCUGGUCGGGCCGGAAAGACUGAGAUUGAGUUAGAGGUCGAUGCCUUUUCUUGGUAG